AUGGAAGAACUUGGCGGCGGCGCCUCUCGUCUGCGCCACCAGCGUAACCGUCCCUCCUCCGAUAGAUUCCUGGGUACAGUAUUCGGGCAGCAAAUCUCCGCCCCCUCGACGCCCCCACUCGAACUCUCCGAGCACGAUAUCUUCACCACUCCUUCCGGUAGCUCCUCCCCCUCCCCGACCCACUCGGCCUUCAACCCUAACCCGACCCGAACCGUUCAGAGCCACGGCCGCAGCCACUACGGCAUCCUAGCCGCCCUAAAUGAGAACCUCAAAACCCGAUCCGGACCCGAGUCCCGACCCGUGUUCAACCACAAGGCCUCCACAUCGGCGUCGGUCUCCUCCUCCACCUCCACCUCCACCUCCCCCGCCGCGUCGGCCUCCUCGUCACGGAUAAUGACGAUUCCGAAGAGGCCGCCGCCGCCGCCGCCGUUCGAAAGGAUGCGCCUCCAGCUCCAGUCGGCGCCGGUGAACGUGCCGGUGAUGCCGGCGGAUCUGAUGCGGAGGGCGAGGGAUUUGGGCGACACGAUAUCCGAAGCUGACGAUGAGGAUGGGGAGGAAGGGGAUGGUGUGAGAUUGCCGCCGCACGAGAUAGUGGCGCUGAGGGAUAUUAGGGAUUCGCCAUUGUUGGCGUGCUCGGUGCUUGAAGGUGCCGGCCGGACGUUGAAGGGGAAGGAUCUCCGGCAGGUGCGCAACGCCAUUUGGCGAAAAACUGGUUUUAUUGAUUGA